AUGAAUGAAUCUGACCACCAGAAUGGAGGGCAUUGUAUGCGUACUCCGAGAUCAAUUACCGAAGUGCCUUAUAUACCACAAACUCCACCAGCUGGCCUUGCUUCACUUUAUAUGUUGUGUAAAAGGAUUUACCCAGAUCAGUGUAAUCCUUUACAAGCCACUACUGUAAUUAAGUUUUGGCUUGGUGGUCCAGAUCCAUUAGAUUAUAUUAGUAUGUAUAAUAAUCCAGGUGAUCGAAUGAUUGGUAUUCCACCACAUUGGCAUUAUAUUAGUUUUGGUUUAUCCGAUUUGCAUGGUGAUAAUCGUGUUCAUAAUACUACAAACGGAUCAGAUGGGCCAAGUGGAUUUGGCUUUGAAUUGACAUUUCGUCUUCUUAAAGAUUCUUCAGAAACAUCUCCUCCUACUUGGCCUGCUCGUUUAAUGCAGUCACUUGCUAAAUACGUUUUUAAAACAGGAAAUACAUUAUAUGCUGGUGAUCAUGUGUCUUGGCAUUGUGGUUUGGAUGGUAGUGAGAGCCGUUUACAACAUAUGUUGAUGGGCGAAGAUCCUCAACUACAGGUCACUGUCACACCACAUGGAUCAGUUAGAUUUGUUCAAAUUGUUGGUGCAUGUUUAGAAGAAUUACAAACUGUUCAAAGAUGGAAUGGGCCAGGAGUAUUGCAAAUAUUGAAACGACAUUCAGUUACUGGAGGUCCAUGGCUAAUAACAAACAUGCGUAGAGGUGAAAGUAUGUUUGAUGUGGAUCCUUCCGUUCAUGAUGAAAUUACUGAAGGUAUCAAAACUGAAGGUUCAAAUUUAUGUGGUAUAAGUGCUCAUUGUUCAUGGGAAGAAUUAAAUAACAGAUGUGACAAAUCAUUAGUUUAUAAGUCAGUUGAACAUUCCAUGAACAACUUACGUAUUAUUAAUAAUUCAAGAGCCCCAAACGAGGAUUUGGAAGAAACUGAUGGUAAUUCAAAUUAUAAAAGUUGUGAAUUAUCAGAAUUGAAUCAAGGACAAUUUAUAGAAAAUGUCCAUAUAACUUUUAAUUUAGAAGCUGGACUUUUGCUACCUUUUGUAUUGAAAGGUCGUAUUAGGCAUGGUCGUCAUUUUACUUUUAAAGCAUUAACUGGUGAUGCAACUAUUACUUUUGUUGCUUCAGCUGUAUCUGGAUCUCUUGUCAGCGAAGAAAAACCAUUUGUAGCUCAAGGAUCUUGGUUGCAAGUGCUAGUGUCAAAUAGUUUCCUCGAUUCAAUGGAAUCUAGUUUAAAGUUCCUCAAUGAGCCAGUUAUGGAGCCUUUGCCAAAAACUGUCAACUGGCCUGACAAAAAUUUAACUAUAACAAUUAAUCCAGAUAAAUUGUAA